UCUGUUUUAGUUGUAACAAUGGCGUCGAUAUACAUUUUAUUAAGUAUGUUAGUCAGUGCAGUUGUUAGUGAAAGUUAUAAUAAUAGUGCAAUAGAAAUAGAUAGCUUUAUUGAAUCAAAAGUGCUGUCGAGGAGAAAGCGGUUUUUGGUGUAUCCCGAAGGAAGUUCAUUGCAGCUUGUGUUCUGCCUAUCGUUCCCGACGAUCUUCCAAAUCGGAGACAUCUUUCAAUUCGGCUACACGGCGGCGCUGGCUUACGAGUUACCACAGGAUCCCUACUCGCCUUACGACCAUCAUGCUGAUCCACUGCAUCGAAGGGUUGACACCAAGAUGAUAUACUUUACUGACGAUAAAGGGAAGGUGUUAUGGGGGAAGAAGUACCAUAGGAAGCCCAUCGUAAACCCGGCGAUGGCGAAGCGAAGCCUCCGCAAAAAUGCCGACAGGAAACUGAUGCACGCCUCGCAGCACAAACGGGGGUUUUUGAAAAGCGUGGACGGACGCAGCGCGGAGUUUCACCGGACCGCCCGUGCCUCGCUUUAUCCGAAAAUCGAGACGGUGUUGCAAGCCAUUGGCAGCAGUGGGAAAGACUGUGUGCUGAGAACUCUGUGUCAUACGGGCCAAACGCAGAACCAUCCCCAAGGAUCGUUCUUGGAAGAAAUCAUGAGAGCCGUAUUUACUUUACCAAAAGGCGAGGAUUCCUUCGAUUUGGAAGAGUACGACAAAGCACACUCGGCUACUGAAUCCUGUGCAGAACUGUACCCCGACUGUGAUGAUAUCGUUACAUCAGAUCAGCUUCUUUCUUCUUCACUUAAUUAUUGA